CUUCCUUUAUUGCCCUGUGAAAUGCAGUUCCGGGGAGUCAGAAAGGAAGAUGCUGGAACACCCAGAAGCCGGGAGAUGGGGUUGUUGUCAUUCAAGGAUGUGGCCAUAGAAUUCUCUCCAGAAGAGUGGGCAUGCCUAACCAACCCUCAGCGAAUAAUGUACUGGACUGUGAUGUUAGAGAACCAUAGAAACCUGGUUUUCCUGGGACUUGCUGUCUCUAAACCAGAUCUUAUUACAUGUCUGGAGCAAAGGAAAGAGCCCUGGGAUGUGAAGAGACAUGGCACAUUAGCCAAACUUCCAGCUGUGACUUCUCAUUACACUGAAGGUCUUUUGCCAGAGAAGAGCAUAGAAGACUCUCUUGCAAAGGUGCCAAUGGGAAAAUAUGUGAUCCAUACUGGAGAGAAACCCUACAAAUGUGAAGAAUGUGGGAAAGUCUUUCGCUCUCAAGGAGAAUUUGCUGCACAUAAGACCAUUCAUACUGGAAAGAAACCCUACAAAUGUGAAGAAUGUGGCAAAGCCUUUCACUUUCCUUCACAUUUUACUCGACAUACAAUGAUACACACUGGAGAAAAACCCUACAAAUGUGAAAGAUGUGGCAAAGCCUUUCAGUCUCUUUCACGUCUUACUCAACAUACAGUAAUCCAUACUGGAGUGAAACGCUACAAUUGUGAAGAAUGUGGUAAAGCCUUUCACUUUCAUUCAAAGCUUAUUCAACAUAAAAUGAUCCAUACUGGAGAGAAACCCUACAAAUGUGAAGAAUGUGGUAAAGCCUUUCGCUAUCAAGGAGAUUUUGCUGUACAUAAGACCAUUCAUACUGGAGAGAAACCCUAUAAAUGUGCAGAAUGUGGCAAAGCCUUUAACUCUCGUUCACAUCUUACUCGACAUACAGUGAUCCAUACUGGAGUGAAACCCUACAAAUGUGAAGAAUGUGGCAAAGCCUUUCACUCUCAUUCACACCUUACUCAACAUACAAUGAUCCAUACUGGACAGAAACCCUAUAAAUGUGCAGAAUGUGGCAAAGCCUUUCACUCUCGUCCACUUCUUACUCAACAUACAGUGAUCCAUACUGGAGAGAAACCCUACAAAUGUGAAGAAUGUGGCAAAGCCUUUCAGUUUCAUUCAUACCUUACUCGGCAUAUGACCAUCCAUACUGGACAGAAACCCUACAAAUGUACAGAAUGUGGCAAAGCCUUUAACUCUUGUUCAUGUCUUACUCGACAUACAGUGAUCCAUACUGGAGAGAAAUCCUACAAAUGUGAGGAAUGUGGCAAGGCUUUUCAAUUUCACUCUGGCUUUUAUCAGCAUAAGACCAUGCAUACUGGGGAGAAACCCUACAAAUGUUUUGCUGGCCAUAAGACCAUCCAUACUGGAGUGAAACCCUACAAAUGUGCAGAAUGUGGCAAAGGAUUUACUCAGUAUGCAAAGCUUAUUGAACAUCAGAAUAUCCAUACUGGAGAAAAACCCCACAAAUGUGAGGAAUGUAGCAAGGCCUUUCCCUCUCACUCUGGAUUUUCUGAACAUAACACCAUGUAUACUGGGGAGAAAACCUACAAAUGUGAAGAAUGUGACAUAGCUAUUCACUCUCACAACGGAUUUGCUGAACACAUAAUCAUCCAUAUUGGAGAGAAAAAUGUACAAAUGUGA